GCAUGUGAUUGCAACGCUUAUAAUCCUACACACAGGUCCUGAGCAAACCGGAGGUGCGGGAUCUGAAACACUGACAGUGAACCAGUCGUAGCCGCGGGAUCAUGGAGUUCAGCAGCCGGAGAUCCAGUUUCUCCGACGGGACACAACGCGUCGUGAGGCGGAUCCGCUCCUUGUUCCCGGUCGGUGUCAGGACCGAAAUAACAGAGCUGUGUAAACUGGCCGGACCAGUGACUCUCUCCCAGCUCAUGGUGUUUAUGGUGAGUUUUGUCAGCACCAUCUUCUGUGGUCAUCUGGGGAGGACAGAGCUGGCAGGAGUGUCUUUGGCCAUCGCAGUUAUCAAUGUGACAGGUAUAUCCAUAGGAACUGGUAUGGCAUCGGCAUGUGAUACACUGAUUUCUCAGACCUUCGGGAGUCACAACCUCCUCAGAGUCGGGGUCAUCCUGCAGCGGGCCAUCCUCAUUUUGAUUCUGGCGUGUUUCCCCUGCUGGGCGCUCCUCAUCAACACGGAGCUCAUUCUGUUGGCGGUCAGACAGAAACCGGAGGUGGCCAAGUUGGCUCAGCUGUACGUCAACAUUUUCAUGCCUGCACUUCCUGCUACAUUUAUGUAUUCAUUACAGACCAGAUAUCUACAAAACCAGGGCAUCAUAUGGCCACAGGUCAUCACAGGAUUCAUGGUCAAUCUCUUCAACGCUCUCAUUAACUACAUCGUUCUCCACGUAUUCAAUAUGGGAGUAGCCGGCUCUGCUCUCGCCAACACUCUCUCCCAGUUCCUCAUGGCCGGACUUCUCUUUGCCUACAUCAUCUGGCAAGGUCUUCACAAGGCCACCUGGUCAGGCUGGUCCAAACAGUGUCUGCUGGACUGGAGCUCGUACAUCCACUUGGCCGUGCCCGGCAUGAUCAUGUUGUGCGUUGAGUGGUGGACAUAUGAGAUCGGAAGUUUACUGGCAGGUCUGAUCAGUGAGGUGGAACUCGGCGCUCAGUCGGUCGUGUAUGAGCUGGCAAAUGUUGCAUACAUGUUCCCAUUUGGUUUUAGUGUAGCAGGCAGUGUAAGAGUCGGACAAGCUUUGGGAGCCGGACAAACAGAGCAGGCCAAGCUGUCUGCCAAGACGACAGUUAUCUGUGCAACGUCAGUGUCUGUGUGUUUGGCGAUUCUCAUCGGGACUCUGAAGAAUCAUAUCUCAUAUAUUUUUACAUUUGAUGAACAAAUCAGGGAAAGAGUCGCUGAUGUCAUAUCCUUCUACGCUCCGUUCGUUCUCCUGGAUGCAGUUUCAGCUGCCGCGGGUGGCGUCAUACGAGGAGCCGGUAAACAGAGAGUUGGGGCUAUUUGCAACUUUAUUGGCUAUUAUGGCAUCGGUUUCCCGAUCGGCGUGCCACUGAUGUUUGCUGCCAAAUUAGGAAUCAAGGGUCUGUGGACAGGCUUGUUUACAUGUGUGGUCCUGCAAUCCGCAUUCCUCCUUUUCUACCUGAUAAGAAUGAACUGGACUAAUGUGACAGUCGAGGCUCAAGUCCGAGCGGGGGUGAUUGAGAGCUGCACAGAAACAAGUGAGAGAGGUCAGCAGCCAGAUGAUCAAACUGACUACCAUGAUGAAACAGACACGGUGGAGCUGGUUGACAUGAAGAUGAAGCUGAGUCACCGGGCUGCGGUUCUGCGAAGGGGGAUGGUUCUGGUCGGCAUGCUUUUCAUCUUAGCUGCUGGGAUCAUCAUGAACCUAGUGAUCACCAACCUGGUGACAUGAACACGAGCAAAGACUAUUGAGCAGUUGACCUGCUCGGAGCAACUCAUCAGCCGCCGGCUCAGCGUGAUGCAGAGGUUUGCAGCGCAGGACGUCAGAGCAGGACCGAGGCAGAAGUGAAGACGAGCACAGAGCGGAGAGAACGAAGAAGUCAAAAUCUUCUCCAAGCGAAAAAAAGAACGAUGAGUCAAACCAACGAGGGUUUGAGCUCCUGUGUGUUUCUAGCAAUAAACCGAAACAUUGAGGUGAAUUUAAA